AUGUCUCUUCUUGUGAUUGGGUUUGACACACACGCCGAGACUGUUGAAAAACUUCAGUUGAAAAUUCUUACACAAAUUCUGCCAGGGACGGGGUACUCUCUUUUUUCCCUACAAACUGGGGAAGUACUUCUUCCUCCAACAAAUGAUAGAAAACUCCUCACUACACGCUUCAAAACGUUUAAUGCUCCUUUAGACUUUUAUAAGUGCUUUGAGACGAUCAAAAUGUAUGACGUGUUCGAGUCUAUUUACUUUGUGUUUGUCGUGUCACACCCCAUCACGAUUCCAUCAAAAGAGCUUUGGACUAAAGAAACGCGUCCGUACGCGGUACUAGCAUAUCAAACGACAGUGACUUAUAUCAAGAAAGACGCUCCAAUAGUUAUUCCUUUGAAUCUUGGGCUUCAAGAGGAUGUCCUCAGAGAGGACAUCCUCAACAUCUUAGAGAAACAGAACUUCUUUGGAACAGCCAAGAAGAAGGCGAUCCCCAAAAUGCGGAGUGGGGGCUAUGAAAAGCGACAAGAGAAGGUCCGCUGUAAAAUAGUGAAAGUGACAUAUGUCGACAAGUCGUAUUGUUUGCCGAUCCCAAUCGUUGAAGAGCAACAGUUAGUCAGUUCCGUCAUGUGUGGGACUUGUGAAGUUUGUAAUGAGUCUGGCAAAAGCGUUGUGAACCCGCAGAAGGGGGUUUUUGUGUUACGAUUUGUCGAGAUCACACCAAUACUGUUCUCAUUGACUUACGAGGACAUUGUCUUCGUGGUGUUAAAAAAGGAGAUCCAAGUCGCUCGCUUCGAGGCAAACAAACGAAGUUACUUGCGAAUCAAAUGCCAGAGGGGAAGUGCUAUGGUGUUCGACCAAAUCUUUUGGGUGGCGGAUAAAGAAGAAAAGAUCGUUGGCUUCAUCGAAAAGAUCAAUUCGGUGAUGGACCAAAAAAUCCCACAAAGGUACCUAAACCUGGUUAUUGGGCUAAGUAGAAAUAACACUGAACUCCUCUCUUCGUUUGCUAAUGAACCUUGUGACGGGUAUGUCCAUCAGCAUUGUUAA